AUGUGGUUUUCUACACUUAUUUUAAUUUUUCUUAUAUUAUUUGCCAAUUGUUCGAUUUUGCUGGAUUUGGAAAAAUCGCAUCAUCAUCAUAGUGAAAAUCAUAUCAAAACGCAUUGUUUCAGGUGAGGAAUUUUUGAAUUUCUGGGGGUUUCUGGGGAUUUAGCAGUAGAGCGCAUUUGCAAACUAAAAGAAUUUGCUGAGUUUGAAAAAUGCUUGCAGUUUUGCAGGUUUCCGAGCUUAAAAAUUCAAAUUUUUGGUUUUCGCGCGAAACAUUUUCAGAAUCUCAGUGGAGCGCGGUUGUAAUUUUAUCAUUGACAAAAAAAUUAAAGUUUUUGAAUUUCUGAAUUUUCUAAAGAUUUGUCAAUGGAGCGCAAUUGCACAUUUUUCAUUAUAUUUUGUAAAUAAAUUUCUGAAGUUGUACAACCGCCCUCUAUUGAGAAAUAUAAAAAAAUCUUGAAAAUUCAAAAUUUUAGAGCGCAAUUGCACAUUUUUAAUUUUUUUUGUUAAAUAUUCAAAAUUUGAAUUUCUAAGUUUUCCGGGGGUUUAUCAAUAGAGCGCAGUUGACUUUUCUCCCUCGAAAAAACGAAUUUUUGUUUGUGCAAACGCGCUCUAUUGAGUAAAAUCAGGAAAUCUUGAAAAUUUGAAUUUUGAAAGAAAAAAAAUAAAUUUGUGCAACUGCGCCCCAUUGAUAAUCAUCAAGAAAACUUUUAAAUUCAAAUUGUUUCCAGCUGUGCCUCAUUCGCCUAUUUACAACACUGGGACAAACUCCUAGCACACUAUUAUCCGCCAAAAAAUUUCACAGAUCAAUGCUGGUCACCAGGCAAAGAUAUUGGUAUAGUCCAAUGCAAUUCUGGGUGUUUCACGUUGGUAGAAGAAAUUGAGGGAUUGAAUAGUAUUGGUGAGUGAAAAAAACAGCUUCUUUCUCACCAACAUUUCCCCUACAUUUCAAAAACAGCCAUCUGGCCGAGUGGCUAGCGUUUUUGCCUGCCACCCACAAGACCUGGGUUCGAGCCCCCGCCUGCGCGCGAUCAUUUUUUUCUAUUUUGUUGCUCUUUUCCUCCUUUCAUGUAUGUGCUCAACUAAUCAAAAAGUGCAUUUUUUGGGGGCCGAAUUUUUCAUUAGCCAAAAGUCGUGUGUAAAAAUAAAAUAAAAAUGUAUGUGUGUGUGUGUGUUUGCAUUUAUUUAGAUAUGUAUAAAAAUAUAUGUAUCUAGAUACACAUUUAUGUUUCAGUUUCAGUUGAAUGACGAUGAAAAAACACGCGAGAAUGAAAUCGGAAUAAGAAUAAGAAUUGGAAUUGAAUUGACAUGGGCUUGGAAACGGGGAAAAUUUAAAAAAAAGGAAAAUUCUGGGAAAAUUUUUGAAUUUUCUGGGUCCCCGGGGAGUUUAUCAGUGGAGCGCGUUUGCAAAUAUGAGAAAAAUCAUGCUAGAACUUCAGGUAGAAAAGCAAAAAAAUUUGAAUUUUCUUGGUUCCCGGGGAGUUUAGCAGUGGAGCGCGUUUGAAAAGUUUUUUGAAUUUUCUUGAUUCCCAAUGAGUUUAUCAGUGAAGAAAAAGUUCACUAGAAAAUCAGGGAAAAUUUGAAAUUUCUGGUUUGCCAGGCAGUUAUCAAUAGAGCGUGAAUGCAAAAAUUUCAAUUUUUGAAGAUAAAGUGAAAAUUCGCUCUACUGAUAACUCCACGGGAAACCGGAAAAUUCAAAUUUUCCCUCAAAUUCUUCAAAACGCGCUCCACUGAGAAACAAGACGGGAAUGUGAAAAAUUCAAAUUUUGUUCAAAAAUAUGCAAUCACGCUCCAAUGAUAAACUCCCCGGGAAACCGGAAAAUUCAAAUUUUCUCCCAAAUUCUUCAGAACGCGCUCCACUGAGAAACAAGGCGGGAAUGUGAAAAUUUCGAAUUUUUUUCGGUGAAAAUUUUUCAAAAAAUGAAGUUUAAAAAGAUUAUUAUCAAUAGAGCGAGCUUGCGUUUUAUUUUUAAAAAUCUGAAUUUUUGAAUUUAUGACGUGGCAAUUUUCAUUUUUCUAUUCUGAAUUAGUCUCAACUUCCUUAUUUUCGGAAUUCUCAGUACCCACCUAAUAAAAAAGCGCACUUUUCUCUGCGUCUCUCAAAUUUGCCCAUUCUUUCACCCCAUUUUUCCCCAUUUUUCAAAAUCAUUUGUCGUAAUUUCUAAUGAGGUCUCUAGAUAUAUUUGUUUGUUUGUUGCUUUGACAUAAUAAUAUUAUAUAUUUCUAUUAUUAGUAGUAUUUUCAUAUUUUUCUAAGGCUUGUGUUUGGUUGUAAAAGGGACCUGAGAAAAACAAUGGAAUCGUUAAGAAGGUGUGUAGAAAUAUUGGUUUUUUCCUAGUUUUUUUGGACCGGAAAUGAAUAAAAGAGACAGAUCCAUCAAUGUCAUCAUUGAAAUUUGAAAUGUAUGCACACGGAGCACUGAAAAAUGCUACAAACUCAUUAAAAUUGCAUUGUUUGAAUAGGCAAAACAUAUCUUUUUUGGGGGGAACGCAGGGGACCUGAAUUCAAAAACAAAAUUGUGGCGUGAAAAAUCAAAAAAAAUUUGCCGCGGGCGGGGAUCGAUCCUGCCACCUUGUGGGGCAAAAGCGAACGCGUAACCGCCUGAGCUAAAGGGUGAUUUUGGAGUGUAAUUGAAUUUCCCUUUUAUAAUCGCCUUCUCGCUACAGUACUAGAUUUUAAAGGUGCAUCAAAAAAAUUCGAAAAUUUAUAAAUUUCAAUUUUUUUUCGCUACAGUACCAGAAUUUUAAAGACGCAUCAAGAAAAAUCGAAACAAAAUUAUUAUUCUGAAAAAAAAUAGAAUCAGAAUCAGCAUUCUCAGAUUUUCCGGAAAAUUCUAAAUAGCCACAGUACCAAAUUUUUAAAGGCACAUAGCACAGAAAUUAGAAUCUUUUUCGCUACAGUACUUAUUUUUAAAGGGGUAUCAAGAAAAAUCGAAACAAAAUUAUUUUGAAAAAAAAUUGGAUCAGAAUCAGCCCAGAAAAAUUCAGGAAUCUGGAUUUGUUUUCGCUACAUUACUAAUUUUUAAAAGCGCAUGAAAAAAAUCCAAAAAAUUUGAAUCAGAAUCGGCUCAGAUUUUCCGGCAAAUUCUAAAUAAUUACUUACAGUACCAAAUUUUUAAAGGAGCAUAGCACAAAAACUUGAAUUUUUGUCCAAAAAUAUCAGAAUUUCCUAAAUUUUCUCACCAAAAAUCCCAAAUUUCCAGAUUACGAAGAUAACGAAAGUCAUCGCGGUGUUCUACGCGGCUGCAUGGAUCGUCUCCUACUUUUCGGGCUCGACGCCGACGUUCGAAACGUGCUCUCCUCUUAUGAAAAUCAUCGAUUGUGUCGGAGAACAGAUCGAAAAAUUCUCAGGUUAAUACAGUUGUCCGGAAAAACCGAUACGGUAAGUUAGCCUAAGUUGCCACGUGAAUAUGUUUUUAAAACUUCAUAUUUUAUUUCUAGGUCACAUUCUGCUCGUGCGUCGGUGAUUUUUGCAAUGAACACGACAUGUUGGGGGCCUUAAAUCACUCAUCCAAAUUUUCGCCGAUCUUUCUAAUAUUUUUGGGAAUUUUCAUAUUCUAUACGUGUCUUUCUAAUUGA